AUGAAUAAUUAGAGCAAUCCAAAAGGAUAUAUGGGAGGCCCUUAUUAAGGAAAUAUUUAUGGAUAAUAGCAGGUGAACCCAUAAAUUAAGGAUCUAUUUUAAACACUAUAGAAAGAAUUUUAGUAUCAAAUAAUCAAAGCACCCAAUGAUUAUACAUAAUCUGCAAUUGUAACACUAAAGAAUUGCUAGAUAAGAAUUGAUCAGAAUUAUAAUAUUGGUAUACCACCAACUUGUUCACUCAACAAUGCUCCAUAUGACUACACAAAAUUUUAUCAGUGGAAUAAUGGUUCAAAUCAUCUGGCUUUAGUCCACGCUAUUUAAGAUUAAUUUGAACUGCAUUCGAAGCUUCUAUCAAAUCCAAUUGUAUAAGAGUAUUGUGAUUUUGUUACUUCUCUUCAUGUAGAUGAUUGUGUUAAUAAAAUUAAAAAUAUGCCAGUUGCUUAAAUGUUACCAGGCCUUUCAUAGUAAGAAUACCAGGUUUGGUUGAAUUCUGAUGAAAAACAAUAAGUUCUAAUGAAUCUAUUACCUUAAAUUCAAGAAUUGAGAAAUUUAAAGGAGAAAAUGCUAAAAUAUGUUUAAUAGAAUGAGAUCAUUGCUGGUUUGAUUGAAGCCAAUGAUUCAGAAAUUAAAACUAGAGUAGAGAGAUUACUUACUAGAAAUAAUUAAUUUGAAGAAGAGAAAAAUAAUUAUCUAUAAUUAUCAAAUAGAAGUAGGGCAUUGAGUGAAAGGUUCUAAAACUCAAAGGUGAAUUUCUUAUUCUAAUAAAUGUGUGAAUAAUAUGAUGAAUUAGCAGACAAACUAUUGGAAACCUCAUAAUCUGAGGACUAUGAAGAUUAGGCUAACCAAUAUUUUUAGAAUAGAAAAAAGUAUCAAAAGAUCUUAGUACUAUCAGAGAAAUUUAGAUAGAUGAAACAUAUCUGA